AUGGGCCAACUACGAGGAAGGUAUCUACACUGGGCGGUGACAGCUGCAAGCUGUCAAGCCUUUCUUUUACUGGGCUAUGACCAGGGCGUGAUGAGCGGGCUGGUCGGUGCAGACAACCAGUUUGGGAAAACGUUCAACAACCCCGAUAGCACGAUGCAAGGGCUAUUGACUUCGAUCUACGAUAUUGGCUGUGCAGUGGGCUGUCUCCUGAGUCUGGUCAUCGGUCACCGUUUCGGUCGACGCAAGAUGAUCAUGGCAGGUGGCUCGAUCAUGAUUAUUGGCACAAUCAUCCUCGGCAGCUCUUAUACUAGAGCCCAGUUCCUCGUCGGUCGUAUUGUGACCGGGCUUGGGAACGGUAUUAACAGCAGUACCGUUCCAGCCUAUCAGUCCGAACUAGCCCGCCCGGAACUUCGCGGUAUGCUUCUAUCUGCACAGGGCACCGUGACUAUCCUCGGUCUGUGUAUUGCAUACUGGUUAGACUAUGGACUCAGCUUCGUGGAUACACCCGUCCAGUGGCGGUUCCCGAUCAGCUUCCAGGCAUUCUUUGCUGUCUUUUUGGUUUUGCAGAUGAUUCCGCUUCCUGACUCGCCCCGUUGGCUCUGUGAGCAAGAUCGGAGUGAUGAGGCUGCCUCUGUUCUGGCUCGUCUUCAGGUGGCUCAACCUGCCAACGAGUCUCAUCCUGAUGUCGUUCAUCUACGUCGUCAGAUUGAGUCGUCUAUUGAGAUUGAGUCUGCUGGUGGUCCUUUCAGAUAUAAGGAGCUUUGGUCGGGUGGUCAGAUGGGCAACCUUCGUCGGAUGAUUCUGGCUGCUGUUGUCAAUAUCCAGCAGCAAUUUACAGGUUCUAACAUGAUCAACUACUAUGCACCUAUUGUCUACCAGAACGCCAUGCAUUUAUCCCGCAACCUAUCCCUGAUCCUCGGCGGCUGUACCUCUCUCGCAUACCUCGUUGGAUCAAUAAUUCCUCUAUGGAGCAUGGACAAGUUCGGUCGACGAGCAUCACUCAUGUUUUCCGCUGCCGGUCUCUGCUUCUGCUUCGUCAUGGCUGCCAUUCUCCUAUCGAUUGGUACAACAUCGUGUGCUUAUGCAGCGACCGUGUUUGUGUUUAUAUUCCAAUUGUUCCUUGGGAUUGGAUAUUUGCCAGUUCCAUGGUUCUAUCCUUCUGAAAUCUCAACUACACGGAUUCGAGCACGAGCUCAAGCAUUCGGUGGUUUCGUCAACUGGAUUUGCGUUUUUAUCGUCGUUCAAGUAACGCCGACAGCUAUAGAUAAUAUCGGAUGGAGAACAUUCAUCAUCUUUGCCUGUUUCUGUUUUGCAUGGAUUCCUAUGGUCUAUUUCUUCUUCCCCGAGACCAAAGGUUUGGAGCUCGAGGAUCUGGAUCACCUCUUCGAGAAAGGUGGUAUUACCGGCGGUGUUUUCGAGACUAGAGGAUUCCCCGUUCAUCCUGGGUAUCACCGGACUAUGAAUGCCGAGAGGAUUGAGAAGCAAGCUGAGACUGAAACUAUUCACGUGGAGGUUUAA